AUGCCAAGACACCAAACAAAUAGAGCGAGACAUCAAAGACGCAUUCGGAAUUAUUCAAACUUAGUCAAUAUUCAGAGGGUCCCUCCUGCUAACAAUAUCGUAUCUCCACGAAAUCAAUUUCUGCCCUAUAUUACGAACAUUCCUCGACAAUUCACGGGCAACCCUACGAUAGACGAAUUUUUUAACGGCCAUUUUGCACUUCAAGAAUUAAAAUGGUUUACCAGAAGUUACUGUAACUCCAACGCUGGCGUUGAUUAUCUUGCGAAAGAUAGCAUUAAUGAUCAGUUAGGAGGAAGCUCUGAUUUUGUUUAG